AUGGAGAUGAAGACAGAAAGCGGCACGCAAUCCGACUCCGAUCCCGAUCCUGAUCACGACCAUGAUCAAGAUCGCGAUCACGAUCAAGAUAACGACCAGGACGGCGAGCUCGCGCACACACACGAGCACGAGCAUGAGCACGAACACGGCGAACACAUGGAUGCCCUCGACGCCGGACGUCCGCGCAAGCAGGUGCGUCGCAGCCGAACCACAUUCACCACAUACCAGCUGCACGAGCUUGAGCGGGCUUUCGACAAAACGCAGUACCCCGACGUGUUUACGAGGGAGGAACUCGCGUUGCGGCUGGACCUCAGUGAGGCUAGAGUGCAGGUGUGGUUCCAGAACCGGCGAGCCAAAUGGCGCAAACGUGAGAAAGCACUGGGACGCGAACACGCCCCCUUCUUGCACCACGAGCACGGUGGCGAGUGGGGAGGGGAGUGGGGCGCGGGGGAGUGGUGGGCGCUGGGGCUGGGCGCGCUGCCGGCGCCGCUGUGGCGCGACGCGCCGCCCGCCGCCGCCUUCCGAGCGCUGCUGCACAGGUACGUGCUUGCGCUGCCGCCUGCGCCGCCAUCACCUCGUCCCCGCUCACCCUCCCCCUCCGCUGCGCGUCCCUCCCCUCCCCGCGAGUCAACCGCAGUACAGCCACCGGCUCUCCCCGCACCCCUCCCGCACCCAGCGCUGGGCCACGCGCCGCACCCAGCGCUGGGCGCGCAUCCGGCCGAUGCGCUACGGCUCCGCGCCCACGAAGCUCUACUACACGAGCGCUACAGCGGUCGGGUACACACGUAA